AGAAAAUAAUUAUGCAAAUAAAGCUUUCUGUCAUUUUAAAGCAACAUCCAGUUGAAGUCUCUGCCUUGUCAUAAUGGAAGAUUGCUGUCUAUUACAAUAAUUCAAAUUCGCCCAAAUGACUCUCAUUUUCGACUAUCUCCUAAGAGCAAUACCGUGAAUUGAGCACGUAGCUUUGUCAUCGUAUAUAAGGCUCAAAAUGGGUUGCACGAACUCACGCAGAAUUGGAAAUACACUGAUUCUUCAUCCGCAGUUCAAAUCCAUUGAGAACACUGUGAUUCCUUUAACAGAUGAACAAAUAAAAAUCCUACGAGAAACAAGGGAAAUAAUCGAGCCGACCAAGAAAGAAAUUGGAGUGAAUGUCUACAUACGAUUCCUGAAGAUGAAUCCUGAUAUAAAAUCGCGCUUCACUGAAUUCAAGGAAAUCUCAAUUGACGAAAUAAAUAAAAGCAAUGGUCACCCUAGAAGAUUGAUGGCUGCCAUCGAAAACUCAAUUGUUUCCCUCGAUGACCCCGAGACUUUCGCUGGUUACGUGUUGGAGUUAGGAAGGAGGCAUAUCAGGCUACGCUCCAAACCGACGAAGUCUCAUUUCAUAGAUUUAAGGAAAGCGUUCAUUGGUAGCAUUAAAGAACCUCUCACCACCAAUUGGAGACCAGAGGUAGAGGAGAGCUGGGUACUACUGUUCGACUUUAUGACUGCCGUUAUGAUGAAAGGACUCAGUUCCACGUCCUAAAACGCAUGCGUAAAAAAAGCUGCAAAUUUGCAGCCAACAAUCACGGACUCCUAUUUAUCGGCCAUCGAGCGAGUAGCAGGGGCUACAAACACAAUUAUCUGACGCAUUUUUAUCUAUUCGUUUAGAGCCAAACUUCUGAAAAACCAAGAUCACUGUAAAAUGGCACAGUUUAUUGUAAUAUUUUUAAUUAAGCGCACGGGGAAAGCAAUUCUUUGUUUUAAAGGAACGAGACUAAAAAGACUAAGAUGAUAAGCAGAUUGACCACAGAAAAUUUUGAGAAAUUAACAAUUUUAUUUGAAAUCCUCCCAACAAUUAGGAGAUAAUGCGUUUAACGGCAUUUUAAUUCAAUACAACAGGAGCGUAGCUGAUUUGUUGAAUACAAGCACACCUGGACUAAUUAAGCGCAAUUGGGAUGACGUCGAAUAACCAAUCUCCCACCCCACCCCGUUCCGACUCAACAACAAACAACACCUAUAGGGUAGCGGAAAGUCUAGGGUAAACAUGGCUUGUGUAUGAUCACGUCCUUCACGAUCAGCACCUUUAUCAUUAUCGACCUAGAGAACUCAGAGUCAAGUUUAAUAUAACGGCCAUCAUGUAUAUAAAUCAGACGAUCAUAUUGAAUAGAGCGUUCACUUGAGUGACAAGGCGGUCAAACCUCUAGAAUGCAAAAGGAGAUAAAUUUCGGCUGGCCUCGCGCCAAUUUCCCCCCCCCCCC